AUGCCGGACCUAAUAUCAAUAGCAACCCUGAUAACUACAGCAUUCAUCCCUACUUCAACACCUACCAUCAUACCGACAACUAUAACAACCAUAGCUACAUCAGUAUCGGCAGCCACUGAGACAGUGACGACCAUAAUUAAGGAUACAAAUGAUUCAACCACAGCAUCGAUACUUUCAACUAUGUUCAACGACAUAAUACUACCCACAAUUUUCAAAAGAGAAAAUUUCACCAGAGACCAUAUGGCCAACCAACUAGGCGAAUUCACUGACCAUCAAGCACGAGUUCAACGAAUAGUAGCAAUAUCAUCAUCAUGUGGAUCUAUUGCAGCAGUUCUAAUAGCCAUGUAUUUUUUAUUUGCCAUAGAUCCAAAACGAAUAGUUUUCCGACAUCAAUUGAUUUUCUUUUUGUUAUUUUUUGACUUGUUAAAAGCAUGUAUUUUAUUAUUAUAUCCUACAAGAAUAUUGACUCAUUCAAGUGCUUACUAUAAUCAUAAUUUUUGUCAAGUUGUGGGAUUUUUCACAGCAACAGCAAUCGAAGGAGCAGAUAUUGCCAUUUUUGCAUUUGCUUUCCAUACCUAUUUAUUAAUUUUCAAACCUUCAUUCAAUACAAAAGUGAAAAACUCUAAUCGGGUUGAAGGUGGAUUAUAUAAAUUCCGUUAUUAUGUAUAUUCCUUGUCAUUUUUUGUACCAUUAAUUAUUGCCAGUCUAGCAUUUAUUCAUAGUGAUGGUUAUGACUCCUUGGUAUGUUGGUGUUAUUUGCCAAUGAGACCCGUUUGGUUGCGAUUAGUGUUGAGUUGGGUUCCUCGAUACUGCAUUGUGGUGGGGAUUUUUGCCAUUUAUGGAUUAAUUUAUUUCCGGGUCAUCAGUGAAUUUAAAACUUUAGGUGGAGUGUUUAAGAAUGCUGCAGGUAAUGGUGGUGCUGGUAACCAUCAUCUUGCCAGUAAUAGUAACCCCACUUUUUUCUCAUCGUUGAAAUAUUUCUUUAUGUCAAUGAAAGAUCAAUGGUUUCCCAGUAUGCCAAGCGAUACGCUUGCUCCAAUUUCCCUGAGGCAUAGUCAUAGUCAUAAUGGGACUGGCGAAAUAACUAGUCCGCGCCAAAAUGGAAUCGGUGAAAUUACCAAUGAUAAUGAUAAUGAUGAUGAUGAUAAUGACGAUGAUUCAGAAGAAUUAGCAGAAGCAUUGGAGGAUGAAUCAGUAGAUUAUCAGGAUAUUGAACUAAACAAACAAAAUAGUCGAAAUCUGUAUCGUCAACACAAUUCCGACAUUCAGCAAGCUAAUUUGGAGAAUUUCCGAAGACGACAAAGAAUAAUACAAAAGCAAAUGAAAUCGAUUUUCAUUUAUCCCUUUGCCUACUGUCUUGUGUGGCUUUUCCCAUUUAUUUUACAAGCUACUCAAUUUAAUUAUGAAGAAGAUCACCAUGCAGUGUAUUGGCUCAAUGUUUUGGGUGCCUUUAGUCAGCCUUUAAAUGGGUUUGUUGAUACAUUGGUUUUCUUUUAUCGUGAAAGACCUUGGAGAAAUACUGCAAUGAAGAAUUUCGAAAAGGAAAACCGUCAACGAGUGGAUAAUAUCAUUGUCAAUAAUUUAGAGCAACGGAAAUAUAGUGAAGGUGCCGAAUCUGCUCAAUCAGUAGCCACUGCAAGUAAAAGAAUUGCCAAAAACUCCCUUAGUGCCAGUUCAGGUCUCGUUAAUAUAAACAUAUAUAAACCAUGGAGACAAUUUAUGAACAAGUAUCGAUUCCCAUUUUAUCAAUUGCCUACAGAAAAGAAUAUUGCCAAAUCCCAAGAUCGAUAUAUUAAACACAAAUUGAUGGAUUCGAGAAAGUUGGAUAAACUUGUGCAAGAAGUUACUCGUGAUAGACAGGAUUUAUCUUUCCCCAGUAACAUUGCUGAGAAAUAUGGUGAUGGCAGUGGCGGCAAUCAUGGAGGUUCAACCUUAAGUAAUACUAACGAUAGUAGUCCAAUGUCCAUGGGUGCAGGGAUCAAUUGGACAGAACCAACUAAUGCUCAUGAUUUUUCCAAUAUUUUACACAGUGGUAGCGGAUCACCUAAUGUUUUUUCAUGGGAUACUAAAGACGUUCCUGGGUUUAAACCUAAUUUCGGUAGAUUUUCAUUUGGUACCAGAACAUCAAAUUUAUCAUCAAGAAAGAGUAGUACAGUUAUUGGAUUACAGGGAACUGGCAGAAAUGUUAGGCAACCUAGUAAUGACAGUUUUAAUGAUCCUGUCAGGUCAUUGGGUGGAAGAAGAAAUUCGAGUUUUGCCAUGGGCGCUAAUACAAUAUUGAAUAAACCUUAUGAGAUUGUCAGUUCGCCAACGUCAAGUACAGUUACACCAAUUGACAGAGAAAGAUCUAAUGAUAUCGAUGAAUUACCUACUGUGGGUAGUAAUAGCGACAAAGCAGAUGAUGAUGGAGAAUUGGAUUUGAUGGAAUUUCUUAAGAAAGGACCGCCAAUGUGA